UUUAUUUAUUUUUUUAUUUUUUUUGAUCAAUAAUUACGUUUAUUUUUAUGUUAGACAAUUUGAAGGUUAUUUCUUGAAAUAUAAUAUGGGAUAUAUUAAGAGAUUAAACAAGUCCAAAACAAUUUAGAUGAAGUAAUGCGAGUGAAGACAAAAUAUUGUUGUUCUGUUAACAUAUUUUCUUGUUUUGCAUUUUAAGCAUGAUUUGGCGUUUAGUCAAAACAAAAAGUAUUAUUUGGCGUUUAGUUUUAUGAAUAGAAUCAGUGUUUUUAUGGUUUAUAAAUUUUUAUACAAAAAUGAAAGUUAAAUUUCAGUCGGCUUAUUGGGAAAAUAGAGCUUAAUAUGCCGUCUCUGAUGAAAAUGUUUUGUCAUAUCUACUCUAUUAAAAUAGAAUCCUAUUUUUUAUCUAUCAUACAUAAGUUUAUGUUAGACCAUUCAUUUGAAAUUUAACUAAACAUCUUAAAAUUACUCAUAUAUGAUAUUUUUCCUAACAAAAACAAUAUAUAUCUAAACAAUAACAUUUCUAAAAAACAUAAAUAUAUUGUCAUUAGGUAAUCAUCAUUUGACUGAUUCUCAUAUUUAAUAUAGACCAUAUUUUAUAUAUUCAGUAACUAAUUUUGAAAUUAAACAGUAUAGUCUAAUUCUUUUAAAAUUAUCAAAUUAAAUUUUUAAAUAAAACAAAAUAAAAAAUAUUUUAUUAGUUGUAACAUUUUAUGUUGAUAUGUUUAGUAAAAAUAAAAACAUUAAACUGAAAUAUUAAAUAUUAAAUAAAAUAAUAUAACAAAAAUAUAACAAAAAUAAUUUAAUUUAUUCACAUAAAAAAAUUUCUAAACAAAGAAGCUAAUAAUUUUUUUUAUUAAUUCAUAUAAAACUAAUGUUUAAAAUUGAACUAUUAAUAUUGAUCUUGCACUUUAAAUAAAUAAACAAAAAUACUUCAUUAAUAUAUGAUUUGUACAAUAUCAUCAAACAAAUUUCAACAAAUAUAAAUUUUCAAAAUAAAAAUUAUAUACAUAAAAUUGAUAUUAGAUAUAUAUCUUUAUAACAUAUUUUAUAUUUUAAAUAUUAAUUUAAAAAUAUAAAUAUAUCCGUACGGAUGUGCGGGUUAAUAUCUAGUUAUUUUUGACAGCUUGGUUUGUGCUGCGGGAGUAGGAAGUGCAGCAUUAUUUGCUACUCCCUCUGUUUUUUUAUUUGAUGUUAUAGAGAUUUAACGCUAAUUACCCGCGUGGAAGUAUCUAGGUAUAAAUAUAUCAUUCCACCAAUUCCAUGAAUAAUUAGAUAAAAUUCAAAGAAAACUAUUCUGCAACAAAUUUGUUUAUGAAUGAAUGGAAUAAAAUCCAUUCUAUUUUUUGUUGUAUUUCAUUCUUAUAUUUCCAUAUAUUAUUCCACUAAUUCCAUAUUAGUUUAUCAGUUAUGGCCAAAAUCACACAUGUUAUAAGAAAGUUUUUUUAUAUGAAUAACUUAACAUUUUAAAAAUAAAAAUUUUAAUCAUUUUUCUCAUUGUAUGUUCUUUUAGUCAAAAUAAAUAUUUUUUAACUCUUUUUGGAGAUUCACCCUAUUUAUUAAUAAUGAUGUACUUAUCAUCUUCUUUCUCUCUCCCCAUUUCUCAUAUAUCUUUGCGAGUCUCUCUUCCCUCACAUGCAUAGACAAACCAACCACUUCUUCACACUCAUUGCAUAACAUCGCGGCUAAUUUAACAAUGUCGUUGAACCGACUUAUCUUCCCUUUCUUCAUCCUCGUCUCUCUCAUCCUCUCCGGCUUCGCGUCCUCUCAGACAUUACCCAAAGAAGAAGUGGAUGCUUUAAGAGCCGUAGCGACGGCUUUAAAGAAGAGUAACUGGAAUUUCAAUGUCGAUCCAUGCGACCUCACCUCAUCUGAAGGUGGUUGGAGAAAUCUUAACGCCACCAGCAAACAAUUUGCAGACACCGUUACUUGUAACUGCUCCUCCACCGUUUGCCAUGUCACAAGCAUAGUUCUCAAGGCACAAAGCCUCCAAGGAUCUCUUCCUAAAGAGUUUGCAGGACUUCCUUUUCUGCAAGAGAUUGAUCUGUCUAGAAACUAUCUCAACGGUUCCAUUCCUCCCGAAUGGGGAACCCUGCCACUUGUAAACAUCUCACUGCUUGCAAACCGGAUAAGCGGUCCAAUACCGAAAGAGAUUGGAAACAUUACAACCCUUAAGACCCUUGUCUUGGAAUCUAAUCAGAUCUCAGGGAACUUACCUCCAGAGCUCGGGAAUCUACAAAACAUUGAUAAAAUCCUUCUUGGCACGAACUACUUGACUGGAGACAUCCCAAGUACAUUUUCCAAACUUACUACGUUGAUUGAUUUCCGUAUAAGUGACAACCAGUUUACCGGAACUAUACCAGAUUUCAUCAAGAACUGGACAAAACUUUUUAAACUGGCUAUUCAAGCAAGUGGUUUAGUUGGACCGAUUCCUAGUACCAUUGGUACUCUUGUGAAAUUAACAGACUUGAGAAUCAGUGACUUGAAUGGACCUGGUUCUCCAUUUCCACCAAUACAAAACAUGACAUCGCUGAAGACAUUGAUUCUUAGGAACUCCAAUCUUACAGGAGAAUUACCUGCUUAUCUUGGAUCAAUCACAACGUUAAAGCUCUUAGAUCUUAGCUUUAACAAACUCAGUGGACCAAUCCCAGCAACAUAUAGCAAUCUUUGGAAUGUAGAUAACAUAUAUUUUACAAGUAACAUGUUGAAUGGGGAAGUACCAAGGUGGGCGGUAGACAAAGGAAACAAUAUUGAUCUUACUUACAAUAACUUCUCCAAAGAUCGAACAACUAAAGAAUGUUCGCUGCGUAAUGCGAAUAUGUUUUCAAGCACAACCACAAGCCCUUUAGCGGCAAAUAACUACUCAAACGUUGCUUGUCUGAGUUACUACAUAUGUCCUAAGACAUUUUAUGGCCUUCAUAUAAACUGUGGUGGUGAUGAACUAACAGUCAACGGGACUAUGUAUGAUUCGGAUACAUGGGAGAAACCAUUCCAUGACGGUAGUCGAACCGGUUGGGUUUCUAGCAACACCGGGAACUUCUUGGACGAUGAACGGGAUCUCAAAGUAACAACCUUAUGGACAAAUACAUCAGAGCUUAAGACAGCAGAGCCUAGUCUUUACACACAGGCCCGUCUCUCGGCCAUUUCCCUCACUUACUUGGCAUUGUGUCUUGGAAACGGAAGCUAUACAGUUAAACUUCAUUUCGCUGAAACUAUGUUCGGUAACAAUGAAACCUAUAGCAGUUUGGGGAGACGAUUCUUUGACAUAUAUGUUCAGGGUAAACUUGUGGUUAAGGAUUUUGAUAUUGUGAGUGAGGCAAAAGGUGCUGGAAGAGUUGUGGUUAAGAGUUUUCAAGUUAUGAUUACAAAUGGGAUGUUGGAAAUAAGAUUGUUUUGGGCUGGUAAAGGAACUCAAGCUAUUCCUGUAAGAGGUUCAUAUGGCGUUCUCAUAUCAGCUGUAUCGGUAGAUCCAAAUUUCAAUGUUAGUGGAACCUCUAUUGGCAUAAUAGUUGGUGCUGCAGUGGCUUCGUUGGUGUUUCUUGUGCUUCUAAUCGUUGGUAUUUUAUGGUGUAGAGGUUGCUUUAGACCCAAGAGUCAGAUGGAGAAAGAUUUCAAGAACUUGGAUUUCCAGAUUAGUUCCUUCUCCUUGAAGCAAAUCAAAGAUGCUACAGACAACUUUUAUCCAGCAAAUAAGAUAGGAGAAGGUGGCUUUGGUCCUGUACACAAGGGAAAGCUACCUAAUGGAACUUUAAUCGCGGUGAAGCAGCUGUCGUCUAAAUCAAACCAAGGGAACAGAGAGUUCUUGAACGAGAUUGGUAUGAUCUCUGCUCUAGAGCAUCCACAUCUGGUUAAACUAUACGGAUGCUGCGUGGAAGGUGGCCAGCUCUUGCUAAUCUACGAGUACUUAGUAAACAACAGUCUCGCUAGAGCACUUUUCGGUCCUCUAGAGACUCAAAUACGACUAGACUGGCCGAUAAGGCAGAAGAUCUGCGUCGGAAUAGCAAGAGGAUUAGCUUACCUCCACGAGGAAUCAAGACUCAAGAUUGUACACAGAGACAUCAAAGCUACUAAUGUCUUGCUGGACAAGGAACUAAACCCGAAGAUUUCGGAUUUCGGUCUUGCUAAGCUUGAUGAACAAGAAGACACACACAUGAGCACACGAGUCGCAGGAACAUAUGGAUACAUGGCUCCAGAGUAUGCGAUGAGAGGUCAUUUGACAGAUAAAGCAGACGUCUACAGCUUUGGCGUCGUGGCUCUAGAGAUCGUUCAUGGAAGAGGCAACACGAGCGCACGUUCCAAAGCCGAGACCUUCUACCUUCUUGACUGGGUACACGUUCUAAGGGAGCAAAACAAGCUGAUGGAAGUAGUAGACCCGAGGCUUGGAACAGACUACAACAGAGAAGAAGCAAUGAAGAUGAUCCAGAUUGGUAUCCUCUGCACCAGUCUAGUUCCGUCGGACAGACCGUCGAUGUCGACGGUGGUGAGCAUGCUCGAAGGACACUCCACGGUGGAUGUUGAGGAGCUUCUUGAAAAUUCGUUCAGUAGGGGAAAUGAGAAAGACGAAGAGAGUGUGAGGGCGAUGAAGAGGCAUUUCGCGAUGAUAGGUGGACAGGAGAUGACGAAUGUGACGAAGCAUACUACAAACAACGACGGACCAUUCACUUCGUCGUCUUCGUCCUCGGCCAACGCCGGUGAUCUUUACCCUGUUAAGCUUGACUCUGCUUACUGGAACUCUAGAGUUUGAUCAUGGAUUAUGUUUUUGCAAGAAACAAAACAACAAUUAAAUUACGGGGGAAGUAAUUAUGACCCUCUUUUUUUGUGCAAAAUUAUGACUCUCUUUGUUUCGCUUUUUGUACGUAAAGUUUUCUUUUAAUGUUUGAAUUACAAUUGUCCUGUUUAAGACAAUCUGAAGACUACGUUUGAUGAAACAGAAUAUGAGAUAUCUUAAGAGAUUAAACAUGUCCAAACCGAUUUAUAUGAAGUAAUUAUGAAUUAUGGAGUAAGCAACUAUGAAUCUUUUUAUUUUGUGCUUUAUAUAAUGCUUUUGUAAAAUAAAAUAAAAAUAUGGAGUAAGUAAUUAUGAAAUAGUUUACAAAAAAAAAAAAUUAUGAAUCUUAUUCUUUGUAAAAUUUCCUUAUAUUUGAAUCACGAUAUGUUUUAUGCAAGACAAUUUGAAGGUUACAUUUCUUGAAAUUGAAUAUGAGAUAUAUUGAGAGAUUAAACAGGUCCAAAACAAUUUAGAUGAAGUAAUGCGAGGGAAGACAAAAUAUUGUUGUUCUGUUAAUAUCUUUUCUUGUUUUGCAAUUGAAGUAUGAUUUGGCGAUUAGUUUUGUGAAUAGAAUCAAUGUUGUGGUUUGUAAACUUUUAUACAAAAAUCUACUAUAUUAAAAUAGAGUCCUAUUUAAAAUUUAUCUUGGUACAUGAUAUUUGGUCCACUUAAUACACUAUUUAUUCCAAUGGAUUAAUCUAUCAUAUUAUUUGCGAAGUAAAUUUUUGGAAUCGAGCUCUCACGUUAAAAGUUAGAGUGGUUAAUAUCGUUUAUACCCUUAAUGAAUAAAAUCUAUAAAUUAACUAAAACAUAAAAACGAAUUUAAAAUUAUUUGGUUAGAUAAGUUAUUAUUAAUAAUAAAAAAAACUUAUCCAAAAUCUGAAAUAUAUAUUUUAAAAUAAAAUAUAAUUCCUAUAUUUUUUUGUUGUUAUCCGAAAACAUAUUUUAAUAAAAAAUUUAAAUACUAAAAAUUUAAAACUAAAACACACAGAAAAAAUAUAUCUUAAUAUUAUUCAAAAAAUAAUUUUAGAUAAUUUUUAUUACAUGUCAAUAUAAAAAAAAUUUAGUUGAGGGGUUUUAAGGUUAAAACCUCAUAAAUCUUCUAUCUUUUACUAUAUUAUAUUAAAAUAAAUAUAAAUUCAUGUAUAUAGUUUUAUGUAUAUUUUUAUGUGUUUAUAAAUGUUUUGAAGAUUAUUUUACAUAAUAAUAGAUAUUUUAUUAAAAUAAAAAACUUUAGCGUAUAUAUAAAAUUUAAUAUUAAAUUAAUUAUUAAAUAUUUUAAAAGCAUGAAAAUAACUUAUUCAAUUUUUUUUUGAAUUGAUAAUAUAUUUCUUUACAAAAUUUUAUAAAAUUAUUAAGCCCGCAAGUGCGGGCAAAACAGCUAGUUUUUCUAUGUUCAAAUAAAAUCUUCCGUUUAAUAGGCUAAUAUAACAAACUCAUAUCGAAAUUACAUCAUAUUAUGUGCCUAAUAUUAAAGUACUUAUCUCAAUGAAUUAAUAAUCCACGUACAUACGUCGUUGGGAAACACAGUACUCUCCAUAUUAAAAUUGAACAUUAGAUUCUCCACGUACAUACAUUGGAGUUUUCCAUAUCAAUGUUCAAUCACUACCCAAAAUUAGGAUGAUAAAGUGUCAAAACUCCAAUGGAGAAUCACUGAUUUGAUAUGAUAGACUAGGUGAUAACCCGCGUCCUACGCAGAUAAAUGACCAAAAGAGAUUUUUACUUUUAAUCUACUGAUAUUAGGAAUUUUAAAGUUAUACACAUAAAUAUUAGAUCUAAUAAAAUAUAUAGUCUUGAAAGGCUUCAAAUCGAAAACAAAUUUAAAGCCAGACACGUGUUUGCCUGGGAGAAUGUUUUGGUAUAGAAGUUUGAGAAGAAGGGUGUAAUGUUUCUAUGCAUUGUAAACAACAUAUAAAUUAAGAACCAAACCGCAAGACGCGGGUUAAUGACAUAAAAUCAAAUCGCCGUAGUUAAAGAUAAUAUUACCUAUUUUCUUUCACAUAACUUGCGAUCCAAAACAUUAUUAAAACUUACCUUAAAUUUGAAAACAUAAUCAAGCUUCCCUUUUAUAUGAAAAAUUGAAUAAAAUCAAUAAAAGUAAAAUUAUUAUUUGAUUUAUAACAAUUGAAUUCAUAAUCUAACCUCCUUAUACGGGGGUGAGAUGAUUACCUAGAAAGCCAAACAAUUUUUUAAAGGCUAAUUCGUUUAAAUUAUAUAAAAUAAAAUAUAAUAGACCAAUUCGUUUAACAAAUAGAUUUCUAUAGGCAAAUUCGUCUAAAAGAUAUAAUCUAAAUUAGAUAGAUUUUGAGUACAUUUUAAAAUGCAUAUGUCGACUUUGUGUAAACCUUUUAUCUUUUUGAAAAAGGACAGUGUAAACUUUAGUUGAAUAUAAUAAUUUAUCAUCUAUGCACUUUGUCACUAUUUUUUAUUAUCUUCUAUAGUUCUUUCUUUCCCAUAAAAAAAAGUAUCUAAAUCAAAGGAUUCCCACUUUUUUAGAAUUGGGAUCAUAUAGUAACAGAAAAAAGUGAUCAUUAAUGUAAUGAGCAGUUUAUACUAAAAAUAAUUUCAUGAGCAGUAAGUAAUGAGCACGCGGAAAAAAAUGUAGUAGGCAAAGAAAAAUAAUAAAUCUAUAUUAUUAAAA